AUGAAACUCCACGCUAAAACCGAUAAACUACCAUCUAAAAGAAGUGUUAGACAGGGCGACACUAUCUCACCAAUACUGUUUACAGCAUUCCUUGAGGAAAUAUUCAAGAUGCUAGAAUGGAACGGAAAAGGUUUCAGAAUAGGAGACGAACACCUAAACAAUCUAAGAUUUCCAGACGGUAUUGCUCUCUUCGGUGAAUCAGCAAAUGAACUGCAGCAAUUAAUAAACAGUCUGAACAGAGAAACCCUGAAAGUUGGACUUAAGAAUGACAUGAAAAAGACAAAGGCCAUGUUCAACAGUAGAAUUCAAUUUGAACAGAUUCAUAGUACAAGUCAUGCUCUUAUCUCCGUUAUCGUGUAUGAGAUAGUGCACCGCAUUUUAAAGACUUAUCUCAUAUUAAUUCCAGAGAAGGUCAAAGGCAAUACAUUAGUUCAUGAUCAGAAUGAGAUCUGUGCUGUUUAG